AUGGCGGCGCCGCGGCUGCUGUGCCUGCUCUACCUGUCCGCGGGGCUCCUGGCCCGGCCCUGCGCAGCCUUCAACUUGGACACCCGCGAGGACAAUGUGAUCCGGAAAUCUGGGGACCCCGGCAGCCUCUUCGGCUUCUCGCUGGCCAUGCACCGGCAGCUGAUUCCCGAGGACAGGCGGCUAUUACUUGUAGGAGCACCUCGAGCAGAAGCCCUUCCACUGCAGAGGGCGAACCGAACCGGGGGUCUGUACAGCUGUGACAUCACGUCCCGGGGACCUUGCACACGGAUUGAAUUUGAUAAUGAUGCUGACCCUACAUCAGAAAGCAAGGAAGAUCAGUGGAUGGGGGUCACUGUCCAGAGUCAAGGUCCAGGAGGCAAAGUGGUGACAUGUGCUCAUCGAUACGAAAAAAGACAACAUGUUAAUACAAAGCAGGAAUCACGAGACAUCUUUGGGAGGUGUUAUGUCCUGAGUCAGAACCUCAAGAUUGAAGAUGAAAUGGAUGGAGGAGACUGGAGUUUUUGUGAUGGCCGGUUGAGGGGCCAUGAAAAAUUUGGUUCUUGUCAGCAAGGCGUAGCAGCUACUUUCACCAAAGACUUUCAUUACAUUGUGUUUGGAGCCCCGGGUACUUACAACUGGAAAGGGAUUGUUCGCGUAGAACAAAAGAAUAACACUUUUUUUGACAUGAACAUCUUUGAAGAUGGCCCUUAUGAAGUUGGUGGAGAGACUGACCAUGAUGAAAGUCUCGUUCCUGUUCCUGCUAACAGUUACUUAGGCCUGCUGUUUCUGACCAGCAUUUCCUAUACAGAUCCUGAUCAGUUUGUUUAUAAAACACGGCCACCCAGGGAGCGGCCUGACACAUCCCCUGGUGUGAUGAUGAAUAGCUACCUAGGCUUUUCCUUGGACUCAGGCAAAGGUAUUGUUUCUAAAGAUGAAAUCACUUUUGUGUCUGGUGCUCCCAGAGCCAAUCACAGUGGAGCUGUGGUUUUGCUCAAAAGAGACAUGAAGUCUGCACAUCUUCUCCCUGAAUACAUCUUUGAUGGGGAAGGUCUAGCUUCUUCAUUUGGCUAUGACGUGGCAGUAGUGGACCUCAACAAAGAUGGGUGGCAAGAUAUAGUUAUCGGAGCCCCACAAUAUUUUGACAGAGGAGGAGAAAUUGGAGGUGCAGUGUACGUCUACAUUAACCAGCAAGGCAGAUGGAAAAAUGUGAAGCCAAUUCGUCUGAAUGGGACCAAAGAUUCUAUGUUUGGAAUUGCAGUCAAAAAUAUUGGAGAUAUUAAUCAAGAUGGCUUUCCAGAUAUUGCAGUUGGAGCUCCCUACGAUGAUCUGGGGAAAGUUUUUAUCUAUCAUGGAGCUGCACAUGGAAUAAACACCAAACCAACACAGGUUCUUGAGGGUACAUCACCUUAUUUUGGUUAUUCAAUUGCUGGAAACAUGGACCUGGAUAGGAAUUCCUACCCUGAUGUUGCUGUUGGUUCCCUGUCAGACUCAGUGACUAUUUUCAGAUCCCGGCCUGUAAUUAACAUUCAGAAAACCAUCACAGUAACUCCUAGCAGAAUUGACCUCCGCCAGAAAUCACUGUGCGGGCCGUAUAACGGGAUCUGCCUCAAGGUUAAAGCCUGUUUUGAAUAUACUGCCAAACCUGAUGGUUAUAAUCCUCUGAUAUCAAUUUUGGGCACACUUGAAGCUGAAAAAGACAGAAGAAAAUCUGGGCUGUCAUCCCGAGUUCAGUUUCGAAACCAAGGCUCGGAGCCCAGGUAUACCCGAGAGCUGACGCUGAGCAGGCAGAGGCAGCCAGUGUGCAUGGAGGAGACCCUCUGGCUGCAGGAAAGCAUUAGAGACAAACUGCGUCCCAUCCCCAUAACCGCUUCAGUAGAGAUCCAAGAGCCCAGCUCUCGUCGGCGAGUGAAUUCUCUUCCAGAAAUGCUUCCCAUCCUGAAUUCAAAUGAACCCACUAUGGUCCAGACAGACGUACAUUUCUUAAAAGAAGGAUGUGGAGAUGACAAUAUAUGUAACAGCAACCUUAAACUAGAAUAUAAAUUCUGUACCCGAGAAGGAAACCAAGACAAAUUUUCCUAUCUUCCAAUUCAAAAGGGCAUUCCAGAACUGGUUCUGAAAGACCAGAAGGAUAUUGCUCUGGAAAUAACGGUGACAAACAACCCGUCUGAUCCGAGAAAUCCCACAAAGGAUGGUGAUGAUGCACAUGAGGCUAAACUCAUCGCGGCCUUUCCUGACACGCUGACGUACUCCGCGUAUCGAGAACUGAGGGCUUUCCCUGAGAAACAGCUGAGCUGUGUUGCCAACCAGAAUGGCUCCCAAGCGGACUGUGAGCUUGGAAAUCCUUUCAAAAGAAAUUCCAGUGUUACUUUUUAUCUGGUUUUAAGUACAACUGAGGUCACCUUUGAUACCACAGAUCUGGACAUUAACCUGAAGUUGGAAACAACAAGCAAUCAAGAUAAUUUGGCUCCAAUUACAGCUAAAGCAAAAGUGGUUAUUGAACUGCUUUUAUCGGUCUCUGGAGUUGCCAAACCUUCCCAGGUGUAUUUUGGAGGUUCAGUUGUUGGUGAGCAAGCUAUGAAAUCUGAAGAUGAAGUGGGUAGUUUAAUAGAGUAUGAAUUCAGGGUGAUUAACUUAGGUAAACCUCUUAAAAACCUCGGCACAGCAACCUUGAAUAUAGAGUGGCCAAAAGAAAUCAGCAAUGGCAAAUGGUUGCUUUACUUGGUGAAAGUAGAAUCCAAAGGUUUGGAACAGAUUGUUUGUGAGCCACACAAAGAAAUCAACUUCCUGCGCCUGAAGGAAUCUCACAACUCAAGGAAGAAACGAGAAAUCGCUGAAAAACAAAUAGACAGCAAGAAAUUUUCUUUAUUUGCUGAAAGAAAGUACCAGACCCUUAACUGUAGCGUGAAUGUGAGAUGUGUGAACAUCAGGUGCCCACUGCGUGGCCUGGACAGUAAGGCUUCUCUCGUUUUGCGUUCGAGGUUAUGGAAUGGCACAUUUCUGGAGGAGUACUCCAAAAUGAACUACUUAGACAUUCUCGUGCGGGCUUCCAUCGAUGUGACCGCUGCUGCUGAAAACAUCAAGCUGCCACACGCAGGCACUCAGGUUCGGGUCACUGUGUUUCCCUCAAAGACUGCAGCUCAAUAUUCAGGAAUAUCUUGGUGGAUCAUCCUACUGGCUAUUCUUGCUGGAAUUUUGAUGCUUGCUCUAUUAGUGUUUUUAUUAUGGAAGUGUGGAUUCUUUCAGCGCUCUAGGUACGAUGACAGCGUGCCCCGGUACCACGCUGUCCGGAUCCGGAAAGAAGAACGAGAGAUCCAAGAUGAAAAAUACGAUAACCUGGAAAAAAAACAGUGGAUUACAAAGUGGAAUGAAAAUGAAAGUUACUCAUAGGAGGGCCAGAGAGGCUUUACACUACCCCAAAUGCCUUUUAUUUUAUUUUAUUUUUUUCCAACUCAGAAAUUCAGAUGGAUUCAAAAGCCUGCUCUAAGCCUGAGGUUUGAUUGCAGACUGACUGCACGCAGUACGGACCUCACAGUGUGAACUGUGGAUAUUGUUACGCAGAGCUUCUGUUUUGCACAGCCAAAUUUAAGACUGUUGGAGUGGAUUUUUCUUUUAACUGCCUUAAUUUAACUUUUCUGGUUGCCUUUGUUUUUGACGUGGCUGACUUUUACGUGCUGGAGAAGGGCCUGCCCAAUUGCACUCUUUUGAAGUCUUCCUUAUAGUGUAGCUGGAAGAGAUUUCGCACUGUCCUCUGUGCUAACACAGUGGUCAGCCUAGCUUGCUACCACAAGCAUCCUUCUCAUAGGAUUGGAGAAGCCGCAAGUUAUCUGUCCCGUGGUACAAGACUCUGCCAUGCGGAUGUCUGUGACUUGGUUGAAAGUGCUGUCUUAACUUAAAUGUGCAAUCGAAGGUGAUGGUGCCAUCUUGCCUUCUCCCUUCAUUUCCUAGAAGUGUGAAUCCGUGCUCACACCGGGUGCACGCAGGUUCCCUUCUUCCUCUUCACUAGAACACACAGGUGCAACAGACUUGAAUGCUAGUUAUACUUGUUUUUAUAUGAUAUUUAUUUGUUCUUCAAGCCAUCUUGCUAUUGGCUAAUGGGCCAAAGAUACUUCCAGUUGGUUUAAACAAUCCGAGUUAGAACAUAGGGCAUUUGGUUUGCCCUUCAUUAUGUACUGCAAAAGAAAACUGUUUAUAAGUGUGCCAGACAGUUGUUCUAAUAACUUAAACUUGUGUAAGUUAUAACCUCUCCUUUAUGGCAGACCUUCCCCCAACCCAAAAGGUUUAAGAAAGGGGGUUAACCGAAAGAUGGAUAGUCCUUACCAGACCUUGGUUAUUUCAUAGUGUAGAGCCCUGUGUGAUAUUCUGAAACUCAUGCCAUAACUUUCAGGACCUCUCUUGGAGAAAAUGAGUCGGCUCAUUGAGCUCUAGGGACUGUGUACUCACUGCCGCAAAUACUGUAUAUUCAGGACUUAAUGGUGAGUGCCUAUGUUGGAUCAAACCGAUCCACUGUGAGACUACUGAAAAGCAUCUGUUGCCAACACAGCCAUUCCAGACAGAUGGACGAUGUGGCUCUUAGCUUUGGAAAUGUCAUUUUAACCAUUUAAUCACUGAGUCAGUGUUUUUAUUUGUUGAUUUUGUUUCCUCCCAUGUCUCAGUUCACCCAAAUGACAUCAUGACUGCUUUAAGAAAACACUUAGGGCUCGAGCUGGGGAUGUAGCUCAGUGGUUAAGCACUCACCUAGCAAGACCUUGGGGUUGAGUCCCCGCAUCAUGAAAAAAAAUUGUCUUUUUAAUUGUAAAAAAGGUGAGAGUGGGAGGAAAAAGACAUUGUAACAGAAUGGAGGUUUCAACAGUUACAAAAGCUGAAUUAAAAAAAAAAAAUUAUUGUGCAUCAGAAUGUUAAGUUAUAUGGGGAGCAACAGCAAACAGGUGCUAAUUUGUUUGCUUAUAGUAUAAGCAGUUGUCAGUCUUUGAAAAGAACAAAAUAUAGCUGUAUGUGCCAUUGUUGCUUUGGAGUUUUGUUUUUUUCCCCUUUUCAAAAAAUUUAUGCCUUUAUGAUACUAAGGUCUUUUAUUCUGGCUAUACUUUGGCAUUUUCAUUCACAAAACAUAAUUCUGCAGAUUGUGUUUACAGAAGUUCUUUGAAACAGGUCACAAUGGUAUUUAAAGUCUCUGUUUCUUGUUUGGGUAACUUGGAGCCUAACAUGCUGGCUUUCUAGGAUACAAAGAGGCUGAUGUCUUGACGGUGUUUGUAGACCUUUUCCAUAAAAAUGAAUGUCCCGAGAUGGGUGGGAGGGUAGCUCAGCCACAAGGAAUCAAGAAUGUUAUGGUGUUUAAAUUUAUAAUUCUUAAAGAUGUCAUCUCAAGUCAAGUCACUGGUCUGUUUGCAUUUGAUACAUUUUUAUACUAACUAGCAUUGUAAACUUAUUUCAUGGUUAGAAAAUACCUGUGGAUAUUUGUAUAAAAGUGUGAAAUAAAUUUUUUUAUGAAAGUG